CCAGUAACUGACGCAACACUUCCUUAAAUCAGCCUGUAGCAACAUUGUUCAGACUGGGUGUGAUGGAAUUGUGGUACAAUGCAGCUAGGGAGCAUCAGGCUGAAAAAGGCUGAUUUAUCAGGUCAUAAUGCAUUCGAAGCGCAUCUUUGCAGAAUGUAAAACACCUAAAAAUGCAAUUGCAUGUGUCUCAGUUUAUCAGCAAUUGAUUAAUGGGGUUGAUUGAUCCGCUGAUCUUCACCAUAGUAGCACCUUGAAGAGCACUCACAAGAAGAUGAUUAGGGCAACAGCAUUUCCUGAUUCUCUCUUGCAGUGUGGUGAUUGAUUGAUUGAAUGAAUGUAAACAUCAGCCAUCUCACCAAGCAAUUCUGAACAGUUGUUCCAAAAGAUGGAGUGAUAAUUGGCAGCAAUGGUCUGCAAUCAGUCCAGAAUCAAUAGUCCAAAGGCAGAACAUUUAGGGUUUUUUAUUUAUUUAAACAAGGUAAAUGCCAUCCAAACUUAACAGCAGUGAUUAUGGCCAGUAUACAAAGUUAAAAACAAACUAGUUGAGCUAAGUAUCGAAAUCAUAAAGGUCAAGGAUACAAACUACAGUUCCAAGUUACAAUCAAAAAUUAACUGUCAGAUGCUAUAUCUUUGGGCUUUUAGACAUACACUAUAACUACUCCAGGAGGGAUGCGGUGGCUCAGUGGCUAAGACGCUGAGCUUGUCGAUCGAAAGGUCGGCAGUUCAGCAGUUCGAAUCCCUAGUGUUGCAUAACGGGGUGAGCUCCCGUUACUUGUCCCAGCUUCUGCCAACCUAGCAGUUCGAAAGCAUGUAAAAAAUGCAAGUAGAAAAAUAGGAACCACCUUUGGUGGGAAGGUAACAACGUUCCGUGCGCUUUUGGCGUUUAGUUAUGCCGGCCACAUGACCAGGGAGACAUCUUCAGACAGCGCUGGCUCUUCGGCUUUGAAACAGAUGAGCACUGCCCCCUAGAGUCGGGAAUGAUUAGCACGUAUGUGUGAGGGGAAUCUUUACCUUUUAUAACUACUCCAGCUAUUGAAUAAUUCUGCAUAGUAUUGGGAACUGAGCCAGUUCAGGGUCUCAUAAAGUUAUGAUUUUUUUGCAAGGCAUUGCUAGUAGGGAGUGCGGGAAGUACACCCCAAAAGGACAGUGUCAGAAACCUCACAGCACCAGAAGCCUCAGAAGACAGUGUCAAGAGACUCAAGCCAGCCCUUCCCCCUUUAAGAAAACUAAGAAGCACCAGCUUAAAAGAAAAACUCAAAAUGGCUGUUACAAAAGAAGCACUUAAGUAGAACCAUUAAGAUAAGGGGAAUCAGGCUAAAAAUAAACUUUCCAAUGUAAACCAGAACUCCCUUUUUUCUACCCCCUGACAAAAGUAAUCCCCAGGAUAGGAAAGACAAAGGUCCUAGGACAGGAUUAAGCCAUUAAGGCAGGAAGAAGGAUCCAGGGCAAUCACUUUAACUAGAGGCACACAAAUAAACCCAUCAAGCUGCAGGAGCUUCAAAGGGGAAUUGAGCAUAAAAGGCUCCGAGUCACAUCCCCAAUCCGCUUGCAAGCCAGGAAUGCUCUGUCACUACUUUUCUUGCCUUCCUGAAUUAAAGAACCCUGCUUUCUGGCAGCUGGCUUCUGUGUCAUUUCUUCUCAGCAUCGGUGACUGCUUCCCAACUGGGAACAAACUCAGGAAAAUUUCUUCCAACAGGAGGGAGAAGAGCCAGGAAGAAAAUAUUAAUCAGAGCAGAAUGAAGAAAUAAAAACAUUAAGACAAAUCGGGGUGAAAUGCUCCCGGUUCGGACCAGAUCACCCGAUCCAGUAGUGAUGGCGGGGGGUGGAUUGGAGAACCGGUAGGAAAAAUCCCUGCCCGCCCCCACAGCUGAGCCACAGGAUCAUCAGAGGUUUUGGGGUUUUUUUUACUUUUAAAAGCAUUUUUUCUUUGGUCGAAAAAAUGCUUUUAAAAGUAAAAAAAAAAGCCUCUGAUGAUUGCGUGGCUCAGCUGGGAUCGUUAGCCUCUGAUGAUUGCACGGCUCAGCUGGAAACCUUUUAAAAGCAUUUUUUCUACAACCUCUUCAGCCAAAGAGGUUGUAAAAAAGGCUCCUCUGUCAAUCCCAGCUGAGUUGCCUGAUCGCCAGAACCUUUUAAAAGCAUUUUUUUAAAAAUGCUUUUAAAAGUAAAAAAAAGUUGUCCACGCCCACCCAGUCACAUUACACCACCACCACCAAGCCACGCCCACAGAACCAGUAGUAACAAAUUUUACAUUUCACCCCUGAGACAGAUGUACUCUUACAUAAAAGUUUAAAAGUGGAUUACCAUUUUAGUGCUCAAAGAGGAAAAGUGGUUUAUAAAUGAAAUAAAGACUUUAAGGAAAAAUAAUUAAAGAUUGGUAGAUUGACUAUUGCUUGGUGACAGAGCCCAGGUUUUGAAUAUCAAUAAUUUUUCACAUUUAUCCAUAACUGUCUCCCCAUCUAUUUUUUAAGAAACAGAGAAAAAAAAAUCUGCUUUACAGUCAGAAAAGACUUGUUGAUCAAAGCAAUAUUCUAACUUGCUUUAUUACACUUUCCUGAAUGCAACGUGUUCUGAUCGCCAGCACCCUGGCAUUUCUCUGCUAAAGUUGCUUGAUCAUUUCCUUUCUUCUCUUACUUUCUUGCAGAGGUCAUCAUGUUUUUUGACUGGGGACUGAAAUGAUGGGAAAUUUUAACAGCUGCAACUGCCGAUAGUGGGAAGCGUGCAAUUUAUGAUAAGGAAUCAACGUUUGUUCCAAAAAGUGAAAAUAUCUGUGUAUUAGAGCUUCUGUUCAUUUUAGUACAAUGCCAUUAAGAAUGGAAAUACAUAGUGGAAACAUAGUGGGAAAAGAUGCUGAGGCCUCAGAAAGCAUGCAGAGAAAAGCAACAAAGAUAAUAAGGGAUCUGGAGGCAAAAUCAUAUGAGGACUGGUUGAGGGAAUUAGGUAUGUCUAGCCUAGCAAAGAGAAGGGUUAGUGGUGACAUGAUUCAGUCUUCCAAUACCUGGGCUGCCAAAGGGAAGAGGAAAUCUAUUCUCCAUAGUAACUGUGGGCAGAACAAGAAGCAAUGAUUGGAAGCUCAUCAGAAGCUCGUCAGAAUUAUCGUCCUGUCUCCAACAUUCGUUUUGUGGUGAAGGUUGUUGAGAGUGUGGUGGCGCAACAGCUCCCUCAGUACCUGGAUGAAACUGUCUAUCUGGACCCGUUCCAGUCCUGCUUUCGGCCUGGGUACAGCACGGAGACGGCAUUGGUCGCGUUGGUAGGGCUCGGGACAGGGGUUGUUCCUCUGCCCUGGUCCUAUUAGAUCUCUCAGCGGCUUUUGAUACCAUUGACCAUGAUAUCUUGCUGCGACGGCUGGAGGGGUUGGGAGUAGGGGGCACCGUCUUUCGGUGGUUCUCCUCCUACCUUUCUGACCAGUCGCAGACGGUGUUGACAGGGGGGCAGAGUUUGGCCGCAAGGCACCUCGUGUGGGGUGCCACAGGGGUCGGUUCUCUCGCCUCUCCUGUUCAACAUCUACAUGAAGCCGCUAGGUGAGAUCAUCCGUGGUUUUGGGGUGCGAUGUCAUCUGUACGCUGAUGAUACACAGCUGUACAUUUCCACCUCUAACCACCCCAACGAAGCCGUUGAAGUGAUGUCUCGGUGUCUGGAGGCUGUACGGGUCUGGAUGGGGAAAAACAGGCUUCGACUCAACCCUUCCAAGACUGAGUGGCUAUGGAUGCCGGCAUCCCGAUACAGCCAGCUGACUCCAUCGCUGACUGUAAAGGGCGAGGCAUUGGCCCCCAUGGAAAGGGUUCGCAAUCUAGGCGUCCUCCUGGAUUUACGGCUGUCUUUAGAAGAUCAUAUGACGGCCGUCGCCAGGGGAGCUUUUUAUCGGGUUUGCCUGAUACGCCAGUUGCGUCCCUUCCUAGACCAGGAUUCCUUAUGCACGGUCACUCAUGCCCUCAUCACUUCUCGCCCAGACUACUGCAACGGUCUCUAUAUGGGGCUCCCCUUGAAGAGCACUCGGAGGCUCCAACUGGUCCAGAAUGCGGCUGCGCAGGUAGUAGAGGGAGCAACUCGAGGCUCCCACAUAACACCUCUCCUGCGCAAGCUGCACUGGUUGCUGGUGGUCUUCCGGGUGCAAUUCAAGGUGUUGGUUACCAUCUUUAAAGCGCUCCAUGGCAUAGGACCGGGUUACUUACGAGACCGCCUGCUGCUACCAAAUGCCUCCCAUCGACCAGUGCACUCCCAUAGGGAGGGCCUCCUCAGGGUGCCGUGGGCCAGACAAUGUUGACUGGUGACCCCCAGGGGGAGGGCCUUCUCUGUGGGGGCUCCUGCCCUCUGGAACAAGCUACCUCCAGGGAUACGUCAGCUCCCUGACCUCUGGACCUUUCGACGCAAGUUAAAGACAUUCUUGUUUCAUCGCGCAGGGCUGGCCUAAUAGUUUCAAUGGGGGCUUUUAAUAGAGUUUUAGUUCGUUAUAGUAUUUUAGUUUUAGCCUAAUUGAAUGAGUUUUUUAAUAAUGUUUUUAAUUUUUGUAUCUCUGUUUUAUUUGGCUGUGAACCGCCCUGAGUCCUUCGGGAGAAGGGCGGUAUAUAAAUCAAAAUAAUAAAAUAAAUAAUAAAUAAAAUAGAGGGAGAUCCAAUCUGGAAAUAAAGAAGCAUUUCCUGCAGUGACAACAGUUAAUCAAUGGGAUAGCUUGCCUCCCAAAGUUGUGGUUUGCUCCACACUGGAGGUUUUUAAGAGGAGAUUGAACAAACGAUUUGACUAGCAUGAUAUAAGGUCUCCUGCCUUGGAUGGGGGGGUUGGGCUAGAACAGUGGUCACCAACCAGUGGUCCAUGGACCACUGGUGGUCCACGAGAAAAUUUUGGUGGUCCGCAGAAAAAUUAUUUGCAUUUUUUAUAUUGCAUUAAAUACUAUUUAUCCUUUUAAAAAAUUCAUAUUAGUGGUCCUCGGGAUUUAAAAUUAUGAAUUUAGUGGUCCCUGAGGUCCGAAAGGUUGGUGACCCCUGGGCUAGAAGACCUCGGAGGUUCCUUCCAGCCUUACAAAUCUAUGGAUGUUGAAUGAAUUGGGAGGAGGGAGAUAAAUGCCUAUCAACAGGGACACUCUGAGGAUUUUGUUCAGUAUCUGUCUGAUAAAAUCGCUCAGAUUCGGGACGGCCUGGACACUGAUUGGAUAGAUCCAGGUGGGAUGGCGGAGACGAGUCUUGAGAAUGUUAUCUGGGCUGAGUUCGAUCCUGUGACUCCUGACGACAUGGACAGGUUGUUGGGUAGGUUGAAUUCCACCACAUGUUUAUUGGACCCGUGUCCCUCCUGGAUGGUACUGGCCACACGGGAUGUUCUGUUUCCCUUCCCCCAAUACUCCCAGCAAAGAGUCAGUCAGAGGCCUCCUUUUCUGAUUUAUUUACAUAUAUAUAAAUGUCCUGGCUACGUCUACCCACGGGCCUGCCAAGUUUCUGGAGAUAACAAGGAAAUUACAGAUAAGGCCAGAAUUACUCACGAAUAUAUUCUUCCCUCCAUUGAUACAGAUUGCCCGCCCAAAUUCAUUACUUUGUCCAAGACAAAAAACCAGGAAGUCCCACCUCCUAUUUAUAGUCUCUGCAGAUGUCACUGCAUGACAAUUAUGACUUGGCUUUGUCCCAACUCUUCCGCUGCUGCGCACGCCGAUCACGCCUACAUAACCUUGCAUCACUCCAAAACUGUUCUUGGGGCGUUGCCAAAUCAGAAGGAGGCUCCAUGGAAUCAGGCUUUGCCGGCCCCUCCUCCUCCCUUUGAGUGGGUGCCAGGGAGGGAAAGGGCUCAAGAGAAGCAGGGCUGGCCAGGUCUUCUCCCUCACUUUCUGAAUCAUCCGAGUCCAGGAGUCCGGGUCCAGGAACCUGGGUCACAACACUAUCCCUCACCGCAGGGCCCUUCCCCCGGGGCUGACGAUUGGGAUGCGGUCGGGCUGGGUUCUGCUCAUGGAAGGCCUGCACUAGGUCAGGGGCAUGAACGUCGGAGGCAUCUACCCAGAAGAAAUCAGUCCCGUAUCCCUUCCACGCGAUCAAAUAUUGGAAACGACCCUUCAGCCAGCGGGAGUCUCGUACGCUGUGGACUUCGUAUUCCUCCGAUCCGUCCUCGGCGACAGUGACGGGUGCUGUUGGGCACCGAAGGGGACUCGGUGUGGCCUCAGGAACUAGAAGGGACCGGUGAAAAACGGGGUGGAUCCGCAUGGAUCGUGGCAGGGUCAGUCGGUAGGCUACCGGGUUUAUUUAUUUUUAUUUAUUUAUUAUUCGAAUUUAUAUACCGCCCUAUCUCCCAAAGGACUCAGGGCGGUUCACAGGCAUAUAAAACAUCAAUAUACAAAUUAAAAUAAUCCUUAAAAAACUUAUUCUAACGCCCAAAUUAUUAAAAA